AUGGCCAACAAUUGCUCAGAAAGUGUGUCGUCCGAUGACGAUGGGUUCGAUUUGCGCCAAGAGAUCGCACGCAGCGCAUUCGCCGACAUGUGCCACGAUUGGGAGCGUAACAAGAAGUAUGACCGGGCGCUACAGUUGACGAUAGCAAAACUGCGCACCGCUGGCCGAGAGGCACACGUGCUGGACAUUGGAACAGGAAGCGGUUUGCUCGCGAUGAUGGCCGUUCGGGCCGGCGCUGACAGUGUGGUGGCCUGCGAAGCUUUCCGCCCGAUGGCGGAAUGCGCCGAACGGGUGCUGGCGGCGAACGGAGUUCUGGACCGUGUACGUUUGCUAAAGAAGCGGUCGACAAAGAUAGUAGUUGGUCCGGGCCGCGAUAUGGAACGUCGUGCAAAUGUGCUGGUGACGGAAUUGUUCGACACGGAACUAAUCGGCGAGGGUGCCCUCGGAACAUAUCGACACGCGUUGGAACACUUACUAACUGAAGACGUUCUUACGAUACCGCACUCGGCCACUGUGUACGCGCAAGUCGUCGAAUGUCCGUUGGCACUCGGUUGGCAGCAGCUGAAGACGCUCUCUAAUGCUGAUGGCGAUAUUUUGCUCCGAGUUCCACCGGAAGUAGUCGGUUGUCGCGGAUCGAACGCUGUCUUCGAUGUGCAGCUAAGUCAGUUGCCCGUGGGAAGUUACAGAGUGCUCACGGAACCGGUUCCGGUUUUCAGGUUUGAAUGGUCCAACCUAAAAGAACUGAAGCUGCAGCGGACUGCGAAAAAUGUCUGCCACGCCCGCAAUGCCGGCUUUCCACAAGCCGUCUUCAUGUGGUGGGAGCUCACGAUGGACACCGCGGCUGAAGAGGUGCUAAGCUGUGCCCCUUACUGGGCGCAUCCUGAUUACGACCGGCUCCGCAACCAAACGAGUCGCAUUCGGCGGGUUCCGCCGAGCAACGUCAUUCCCUGGCGUGACCACUGGAUGCAGGCUAUUUAUUUCGUUCCGCCGGUUAAAAUUCCACUUCUAGUUGGACAACCGUUUACGCUUCUUUCGAAUCACGACGAGUACUCACUGUGGUUUGAAGUAGGUGAGAAAAUGACCGACGGUGCUGCACCGCACUGCACCUGCGGAUGGCACAUUGCUCAAUCGCGUUCGCGUAUCGGCCAGCUGAACUGCGGAACGCGGAACAAACGAUACCUCAACUACUUUGAGCGGGUUUUUUCGAGCGACUCGGUCGUGCUAGUGCUGAGCGAAGGAUCCUUGCUCGGAUUGGCCGCCGCCCGGAUGGGUGUUAAGCGGGUGCUACUGUACGAACCGAAUGCCAUUUCACGGCGCUGCAUGGAGGCAUUCGUAGAACAUAAUGGUGUAAAGAAUGUACACUUUCUCCCUUCGGCCGAUGCACUGGAAGCCAAUGAGGCGUCGGCGGUGACACACGUGUUCAGCGAACCACAUUUCCCAUCAGCAAUUCUACCGUGGGACAAUUUGCAUUACGGUGAUCUGCUAAAAAACUUGCGACCACUAUUACCGCAGAGUGUUACGAUCAUUCCAGCCUCGGGCACACUAUACGCGCUGCCAGUGGAGUUUUUGGACCUGCAGAAAAUAAAUGCCCCACUGGGAACGUGUGAGGGGUUCGAUCUGUCGCCCAUGGAUCGCAUGAUUGCGGAACAUUCGACUUUCGCCGAUACACCGGUCGAAGCACAGCCAUUGUGGGAGUACCCAGCCUAUGCACUGGCCGGACGGAGUCGCCUUAUGGAGAUCAAUUUUGGGACCGAUUUCGAUGAAACAAAGCUGGAGCGGGGUGAGUUAGUGAUCGCCGAUCCGGAACGACUGAAUGGCAUAGCGAUAUGGGUCGAGUGGCACCUGGACGCCAGCCACAGCCCAAAAACCACCAUCUCAAGCGGACCACUAGUGCCGGUAGAGGAGUCCUCCGAGGAGCCCGUUCGAUGGAACGCAAACUGGCGCCAGGGUGUACAUCUGGUACGCCAGUAUCCGAAUCGGAAGGCCACCAUUCCGUGGACGGCAAAAUUUAAUCCCGUGCUCAAUAAUGUAUACUUUCAUUUUGACUAUCUUGACCAAUAA